AUGCUGUGGCAAAUACAGUUUCAACUUUUGUCAUCAAAACUAUUCAUUCACGAGACUUUAUUUCAUUUAAAGUCGAUUAAUCAUCUUCAACACAUCUUAAACUUCAAGACACUUUCUUUAUGCCUUUUGCUUCUUUCUUUUUUACCCCAAAGAUUUCUCUCGAAUCAUUUAGGACAACUCCUCAUAGUUCGACGACGAAGAGAAAAAACCGUGUGGCUGCUACUGAAAACGGAAAGCUUAUGUGUGAACGUUUUUCUCGUUGUUUGA